AGCGGCGGCGCGGCAGUGCGCGGCGGGCGGGCGGCGGGGCGCGGCGGGGAGGGCUGCGCGGCGAGGCGAGCCGGAGUGCACCGACCUGCACCGAGUCGAGUCCCGCCGGGCUGGGCUGCACCGAGCCGAGCCGGCAACGCAGGGCGCGGAGCGGGCGAGGCGCGGAGCCGCGGCUGGAUGCGCUGAGGGCGGCGGGGCCGACCGGGCCCCCGGAGCAGCGGCAGCAUGGGUCGCCGGGGUUGCUGAGCGGCGGCCGAGCCCGCCCCCGUCCGCCCCCCGCCGAGGAGCCGCACGGAGCGGCGGGCGCCGCCAGGGACCGAGCUGGGAGCCGGGGCGCGCCGCCUCGCCUCGCCGGUGCCGGGGAACACUCCGCCCCCCCCCCCGCACCACCAGCACCCCCUCCGCCGAGGAUGCCCCGGGGGGCCGCGGGCCGCCCCAGCCGCUCGCCAUGAGGAGGAGCCCGGCCGGGCCGCGGGCGCUGCCGGCGCCGCCCGCCGCCUCCUGAGCCCCGCGCCCCGGCGGUGCCCGCGCAGGGGCCGCCCGAGCGGGCCGCGGCGCCGUGACCCUCCCCCCCGCCCCCUCGCCCGGCUCGCCCGGCUAUAAAGGAGGGUUUUAUUCUCGGGCUCCGGUCUCACGCCAAACCUUGUCACACCGUCUAGACGAGCUGUCGUGGGGCUCGGCCCAGCUGUCACCAUGGCGAUGGAGACGAGUCCGCUGUGAAUUUUGGGGGGGAGCGAGCGAGAGCGGCGGCGGAGGAGGAGGAGGAGGCGGAGGAGGAGGAAGGCUCGGCCGCCGCCGUGCCCUGCCCUGCCCCGCCGCCGCCCGCGGGGGAGGCACGGACCCCCCGGCGCUCUCGGCCGCGGCUGGAGCCGGCCCGGCGGGGAGCCCCGGGGAGCCAGCGGCCGCGGGCGCGGAGCGAGCCUCAGAUGCGUCUGUCACACAACCCCGGCCGAGCUAUUUAAAGUAACGGGCCUCGCCGGACUUUUGUCUCUGCCUAUUUAUGAGUCCCCGGGAGCUGGCAGGCGCCGCCGGGCAGCGCUAGGAGCCGAGCCCGCAGCGCCAGCCCCGCGGGGAAGCCAGCGCCGAGCCGGGGCCGGCGGGGCCCGCCCGGAGCAUGACGGCGAUCCGGGCGCUCCUGCUCUGCUCCUGCCUGGGACUGCUCGGACCGGGGGGCGGGCAGCCCUUCCUGCGGCUGCGACCCUCGCCCAGCGACAACCUGCCCGUCAAAGACAUCGUGGAGCACCCGGAUCCCGAGUACGACCCCAAGGAGCAGGACCUGGACGAGAGGACUCUGAGGAAGAAACUGGGCAGCCAUUUCGACCCCGGUUUCAUGGCCGUGGCCGUGCCGGGGCCGGCCAACGCCUCGGGCGCCGAGGCGGCGGCGGGGCGGGGGCGGGCGGCGCUGCCCGCCGAGCUGCGGCGGCUGGAGCUGGGUCCGCCCCAGGGACCGCGCCUCAAGGUGGGCAAGAAGGCGCGGCGGAAGGUGCUGCAGUGGCUCUGGGCGUACACCUACUGCCCCGUCCUCUACACCUGGAAGGACCUGGGCGUCCGCUUCUGGCCCCGCUACAUCAAGGAGGGCAACUGCUUCGCCGAGAAGUCCUGCUCGCUGCCCGAGGGCAUGUUCUGCAAGCCCGUCAAGUCGGUCACCAAGACGUUCCUGCGCUGGCACUGCCAGGGCUGGUCCAGCCAGAAGUACUGCACCUGGAUCCCCGUGCAGUACCCGCUCAUCUCCGAGUGCAAGUGCUCCUGCUAGCCUCCCUCGGCCCCUUGCACUGCCGCCUUCUGUCGUUUGGAUGAUCUUCUUUUUUGGGGGGGGGGAUUGGUUGGGUUGUUUUUUUUUUCCC